GUUUGACGCUAUAUUUCUUCGGCUAGCUCUCUAUAAAGCCGAUUCGCACGGAAAGGAUUCGGUUCAGUUGCUGUUUCGUUAUCAGACAAUUCGGACGUCCAGUCGUAGUUAAAAAUCGCCGGUAGUGAUCAUUAUAGUGUACCAUCAUCUGUGUUGAGGAGCAUCGACCAAUUUCAGCUCCAGGAUGGAGGCACUACUCAAUAGUCAGUGCGCGGCGCAAAGCCUUGGGCCAGCGAAUCAGCUAUUUGCAAUGCUGAUCCAAACGAUUAUGGCUGCCCAGUGCAGCAUUUCUCCGCCAGAUAUGUGGCCCAAGGAUUACGGACCAACGGCGCUGAACGAAGGCCUCCAGGAGUAUGAUUUCAUUAUCGUUGGGGCCGGAUCGGCUGGAUCCGUUGUGGCGAAUAGAUUGUCGGAAAACCCAGAUUGGAAAAUUUUGUUACUGGAAGCCGGAGGUGAUCCUCCGAUCGAAUCCGAGAUUCCACUCAUGUUGAUGCAUUUGGCUAAUAGUAGUCACGUGUGGAAUUAUUAUGCCGAAAAAAGUCCUUCUGCAAGCAAAGGUUACAAGAGGGGCAGUUAUUGGCCUCGUGGGAAAAUGCUUGGUGGAUGCAGCAGUAAUAACGCAAUGCUUUACGUGCGAGGCAACAGUCGUGACUACGAUCGCUGGGAAGAGCUGGGCAAUCCUACAUGGGGAUGGAAAAAUGUUUUGAAGUAUUUUAAAAAAUCCGAAGACAACGGAGCGUACCAUAUCCAGCAGGAAAAGGGUGCCUUCCAUGGAACCGAUGGUCCACUCAAAGUCAAUACAUUCCAGUCCAAUGACAUGACCAAAAUGGUAAUUACGGAAGCAGCAAUGGAGCUCGGACAAAUCGAAAUCAUGGAUGUGAACAGCGACGAGUUCAUUGGUUAUUGCGUCGCACAAGGCACGAUGAAGGAUGGAAAACGUUACAGCACUGCGAAAGCCUUCCUUAAUCCAGUGAAAGGCAGAGAAAAUUUACACAUUAUUAAAAACGCACUCGUUACUAAGGUUAACACUGAAGAUGGAAAAGUUCAAGGAGUCACUUUCGAUAUCGGGGAAAACAAAGAUAUUGUAGCCAAGGUUAAAAAAGAAGUAAUUUUGUCCGCAGGCGCGAUAAACUCACCUCAAAUUCUGAAAUUGUCUGGCAUCGGUUCGCCAGACGAGCUUACUAAACUUGAUAUUUCCGUGGUACUCGAUUCGCCAAAUGUUGGAGAAAAUCUCCAGGACCAUGUGAUUGUUCCCAUAAUCCUGUCUAUGCACAAAUCACGCCCAAUUACAGUUGGCGUAGAUGAAUUGAUGGACAGCAUCUACUCCUACUUCCGAUAUGGUAUGGGUCCUUUGGGAUCAAUUGGCGCAACGGAUCUCAUCGCAUUUGUUAACACACAGAACCCAGCCGCGAGAUUCCCUGAUAUCCAAUUCCAUCAUUUUGUGUACAAGGCUCAAACUCCUGAUUUCGCAACAAUUCAAGGUAAAUUUGGUUUGGAAGACAGUCUGCUGGCUCAGAUCAUCGACCUGAACAAAGAAGCAGAGAUCCUACAGGUGUUCGUAACACUUUUGAAUCCAAAAUCAUCUGGUAACAUCAAGCUGAGAAGUUCGAAUCCUUACGAUGCCCCAAUCAUCAAUGCCAACUACCUGGAUGAUCAUCGCGAUGUAGCAACUUUGAUUCGAGGCAUUCGCUUCUUCCGCAAAAUGCUCGGCACGCAAAAUUUCAAGGAUCACGAAAUUGAAGAACUUCACCUGAAAAUACCGGAAUGCGACAAACUGGAGUUCGAAUCGGACAGUUAUUGGGAAUGUUAUGUGCGCUACAUGUCCACAACGAUCUAUCAUCCAGUUGGAACGGUUAAGAUGGGUCCGGAGAGCGACCCCAGUGCUGUACUAGACUCAAGGUUGAAAUUGCGAGGCUUGGAGGGACUGCGAGUGGUCGAUGCUAGUAUUAUGCCAAACAUUGUCAGCGGUAAUACCAAUGCCCCGACCAUCAUGAUUGGCGAAAAGGCAGCUGAUUUAAUAAAGGAAGACUACGCCGAGAGGCAGGAACAUAUUGAGCUGUGAAAUAGUAAUGAGAUAAAGUGAAGCCAAAGUUACCAUUUCUAUAAGACCAGAGGCUAUACGGCGAUAUUUGAAAUAGAUAUUCAGUAACAGUAUAGCAUUUUAAAGAAAAUAAGAAGAUCAAGCGCAAAACAAAUAACUACCGCAUCAAUUAAUGGAAAUAAGAAAAAGGUUUUGCACUGCAACACUAUUGAUGAAUAAACAACCAAUAUUUUAUGAAUAAAAAUUGAAACAUUA